CAAUAUAUAUAUAGUAUAUAUAAAAAUGUUAAUUCUCCUAACAAUACCUCUUUUUGCGUACUUCAGUCGACUUUUUUUACGAUUACAUUCUCUCAUUCCGCUUCAUCCUCAUUAGGGUCGCGGGGGCAUGCUGGAGCCUAUCCCAGCUGACUUCGGGCGACAGGCGGGGUACACCCUGGACUGGUCGCCAGCCAAUCGCAGGGCACAUAUAGACAAACAACCAUUCACACUCACAUUUAUACCUAUGGACAAUUUAGAGUCUCCAAUUAACCUAACAUGUUUUUGGGAAUGUGGGAGGAAGCCGGAGUACCCGGAGAAAACCCACGCGCACACGGGGAGAACAUGCAAACUCCACACAGAAAUGCCCAGGGGAGAAUCGAACCCAGGUCUUCCCAUCUCCAGGCUGUUCCUGUAUUGGCCAACGUGCUAACCACUAGACCACCGUGCGGCCCAUCUCAUAUUACGUGUUUCUAAAAAUAAAAAUAAAAAAAAACACUUUAUACUAGUUACAAUUCGACUUUUUGUGGCCAUAAUAUUGUGUGCGACUUUUUUCUCGUAACAUUACAGUUUAUUUCUUUGAACUUUGCGACUUCUUUCCGUGUAACUUUAUACGACUUUAUUCUCGUCACCUUGACGACUUCUUUAAGAAAUUCUUGAAGCAAGACUUUUUUGUACUGUAGCGACUGACCUUUUUCGUAAUUAACGUAAUAUUACUUUUUUGUAAUUACAAAUUACAUUACAUUUGUCUUUCACUUUCACAUAUAAAAAAACGUUAAUUCUCGUUACAAUACCUCUUUUUGCAUACUUCAUCAAUCUUUUUUUAAUGACUACAUUCUUGUUAUGUUACAACGUUUUUCUGUAUUUGAACAUUGUAUUCUAUAGUGAAAAAAAACAUACGGUAUGUGGGCUAAGUUAUAAGAGCUGCAGUGUUGAUUAGACUUGACACUGCCGUGUGUUUAAAAAAAAAAAGACUGAUCACGUGUUUUUUAAAGACCACUUGGCGCCGUGUGCAGCCAUGAUGACUCUCCAUGGGAAUAAUAGUGUAAUAAUAAUGUAAAUGAUGCUUUGUUACUCCUCCCUUGCAGCAUUGAUCAUGAGGAUGUGUUGUAUGGCCCAGUUGACAAUGGAUGCAGCGUGCAUGCGUUAGUGGGAGGGAUUAUCCACCAAGUAGGGCAAGUGGCUGAGGGCUAAGGACUGCAAUUCCAUCCAGCCUCAGUCAGUCAUCCGCUCAGUGCACAGAGACACACGGGGAACAGGCUGCUUAUUCAUCCAUAUCAGGCAAAAUGGUGAAGUAUAUGGGCCAGCAGGACGAGCUGAAAGCCGAGGAGUUCUCUGACGCCUCCAUGGACCAGCAGGAUUUGGGAGAGAUGUCCGACUGCUCCCUGGGCGACGUGUUCCAGUGUUCCGCCAAAUGCUCCGCCAUGGAGCACAUCGACACUUUUAUGAAGAACGUGCAAGUGCUGCUGGAUGCGGCGCAUUACAUCGAGAAUGUGGAGAAGAACAGCGGAAAGUGCGAGCAUGGUUAUGCUUCAGCCUACCCUUCCAGCCAGAUGGCGCACCCACAGAAACAGCGUAAAUUCAAGAACAGGAAACUGGACAAUAUUCACAAUAGGUCAGCCCACAAUGAACUGGAGAAAAAUAGACGAGCACAUCUCCGCCUUUGUUUGGAAAGGUUGAAGUCGCUCAUUCCCCUGGGACCAGACUGCAGUCGGCACACCACACUGGGACUUCUUAACAAGGCCAAAGCACACAUCAAGAAACUUGAAGAGGCGGACCGAAGGAGUCAGCACCAGCUGGACACUCUGGAGAGGGAGCAGCGGUACCUGCAGAGACAGCUGGCCCAGCUGCAGACCCUCGGGGACAGGGACCGGGUCCGCAUGGACAGUCUGGCCUCGCCGAUGGACUCUGAUGAGCGCUCCGAGUCUGAAAGAGAAGAUAUCGAAGUGGACGUGGAGUGCACCGAGUUCUCCCACGGAGAAAUGGACAGCGUGAGCAGCGGCGCCGCCAGCGACCUGGACGACCAGAGCAGCCGGCAGAGCUCAGCCAGCGAUGAAGGAUACUCCACCUGCAGCUUGCUCAAAGUGGCCUUCUCCGCUUGAGGUCAGCGACACUCACUGUGCUCUCCACCUCUCCAGCCGCACUCUUUUUAUGGCUUUAACAAUCACCAGCCUACAGCUACACACACACACACGACCCCCCCGCCUCCCCCACCUCUCCAACCUAAAAUGUCCACCUACAAGAACCAGCCUUAAGCUCAACUCCAAACCUGAAUGUCUGUUGUUGUCCUGCGACCAGCCGGAAUCCAACACCACCUUCAUUCAGUAGUCACCCAAAAAUCAGGGGGCGGGGGGUAAAACUCCAAAUCAAAAGUUGGUCCCUGGACAAACCAGCGAAACCCACAAACAAUACCAGCUUGAAGCUCACCAUGCGGCGUACGACUCCGCUACUUUUGCGCUUCUUCACCCUGGGAGGGGCUACCGUGUCUGCAUUCCAAAAUGUGUUUUGGGCAGGAGCCACAAGCAUCAAAACCUACGUGGCGUCCCUCCCGUACGUCUUCUAACUUAUUUAGCGUAUUUAUUUGUGUUGGACUUAUUUAACUGUGCUGCAGCUUGAGUGGGAAACAAAUGUUUGACACGACUCGGCGCCCCCUUUGAAUGCAUUCUCCCCGUGUUAGAGCGGAAUAAGCUAUCCACCACUUGUCCAAGCACAAGGCUAAAGCAAUAACGCAUCAGGUUUCUGUUCCAGUUCUGUCCGUCCAGCGUGGCUCACAUUUUACUGAUGAGUAUGAUGUCAAAAGGCAGGGAAGCAAUGAUUGUAAAGGAUUUGAAGAAGCUACAGUGCACGUGUGUUGAAUGUUGUCAUGCGCUUUAAAAACAUAUCUGUAGCAUGAACCAAACACUUUUUCAUUUCUAAUAUCGUUCGUAUGAUCAGGAAACACUCGGCAUUAGCUUGCCAGCAUUAUUGCAUCGGAUACGACAUUUUACUUCUACUAGUGAAUUCAUCACCACCAAAUUGUGUCUUAUCGUGGGUGUAUGACUCCUCUUGCACAAGUCCCUGCGCUCACCCGCUUCCCCUCAACCCCCCGCCCAACAUGUUGGGAAAUAUGUAACAAUGCACUAUAGAAUCACCGUGUUUGAGACUUCACAUGGAUUGAAAAAGAAGAAGAAAAAAAGCACAGGCUGAUGUUUUUUAGUGCUUAAUUAGGGAUCUAAUUAAUGUGACUGUCAAAACGUGCUGCUGGUGCCCUGCUGAUACUUUAAGGAUCCUGAUGACUCUCCCUGGAAUCCUAAUAAACCUCUUCCACCAAGACAUCAA